AAACUCCAGUGACAUGUCCCUCUUUCUGUACACAGACACACACAGAGAUUGCUCCAUUCAUGGCUACUAAUAACGCAAUCGCCAAGUGGCCAAUGCCAUCAAUACAGGGCGCACGCCACGAGUCAUUAUUAUUCCCCUGUUGGUUAAUGGCAAGGGGUUUCCCAAACGUAAACUUGGAAGCAGAUAUAAGCAGGUGAAGACUUCGAGGGACGAUCAGAUACCACUGCGAUACCACUACUUGCUAGUAUACUGACUGCUGUGACUGUCGGUGAACUAGGAUUUGUGUACCACAUAAUUGUAUAACUGUAUUUUUAUUUAAAAUCUUUUUACAAAUUAUCGAACAAUUACCGCACUGGAAUCUGGAUGCCUUCUUUUUGUGAACAUUUGUGAGCAAGAUACCAAGACCUGGAGAGUUUACUGUGAAUUUCUACUCUUAAAGUUAAACUAUUGUUUUGAACUGUAUGCUAAUAUUGAGACUCCAAUUUUCAGGAUCCUAUUACUGGAUUAAUAGAUGUUUUUUCUUCAGAUUUUGAGGUUGAAUAAUGAGUCAAGAUGACUUUCCUAUCAAAGUACCACUCGGUGAGGAUUGACCGUUAUAGUUGAGGGCAAGAAAAAAGAAAUAUAAAUCGAUCGCGAAGAUCCAGAAGGUUCGUCGAAGUCUGAAGCGGUCAUCUCGUAGGGUCAAGAGCAACCUGAUGAUGCGAGAGGACUCGAUGGAGACAGAGCCAGCCAUGGACACCCAAGACAUGAACCACACUGCGCCUCUGGCCACCCUAGCAACCACUUCCAUCGAUGAGGACAUCAUUUUUGAGAGCAAGGGGCAGAAGAAACGAGGGGGUACGUUCCCCAGAAUGGCGCACUUCGAUGUCCCGGAGGAAACGCCUCCGGGGUCGCAGAACGGCACCUUGAAAGCAAACGGGACGCAUCGACCUCAGCGUCAGAAUGGAAGCCUUAAAGGACCAUGGAAUCGGAAGACCAGGGGUCGAGGGAUUCCGGUUAAGAAAGAAGACACUGCUAAAGUUUUGGAAAUGUACCUAAAAAGGAGAAGCAAGAGUCUUAACGAUGCUGUUCUUACUAGGGAAUAUUUUGCUCAGGAAAAGAAGAAGCGGGUAAGGUCGGCAAGGAACAAUACCGUGUCUAUCUGUUCUACGCUCAGUACUGACUCCACCACGAGCGAGGUUCAUGUUCAAUCAACAAUGGUUGCAGAAACGACUUCAGAUGCGCCAGCGGAUAAGACUGUUUUUUCAAGAGCUAGUGUGACACAGCAGAGUUUCCAUGAAGCGAUGAAGUGCUCAAUUAUGGAGGAGAGUUCCGCAAUGGAACAAAGUGCCGAUGACGAACUGUCAUCGUCAGAUGAACAGUCUCCAAGAUCUCGCUCGGCGCCAUCUACCUUACGAAUGCAAGUGCAUAGGGAGCCUAAGGAAGGAAUGGACACACUGAAGCUGAAAGACAAGGAAAAUGGAUCUGCCACUCUUACAAGAGAUGGCUACAAGCGUGAUAGUAAGAAGGAACCAAGACGGAAGCGUAGUUUUUUAGAUAAAGCAAAAAACAUUAUGAGAUCCCCGAGUACUUCUCGGAAAAUCAUUAGGACACCAAGUGCUGUGCAAAGACAAGAGGACAAAGAGAAAGAAAGACUCAAGGAAGAAAAAGAGAAGGAGAAGGAAAGACAAAGGGAAGAAAAAGAAAUGGAAAAGGAAAGACUGAGGAAGGAGAAAGAAGAAAAAGAACUACUGGAUAAGAAAUUAAAGGAGUAUAAAGAAAGGGAAAAGGAAAAAUUGAAAGAAAUGGAACGGAGAAGGAAGGAAGAAAAAGAAAGGGAAAAGGAAUGGGAGAAGGAAAGAGAAAGGUUACGGAAAGAGCGGGAGAAGAGGGAAAAGGAAGAACUGGAGAAGUCACACACUAGGCAUCAUGCCAGAACUGAAGUUCAUAGAGAAAUGAAAAAGACCGGCUUCACUGCCAGACUCAAGCAAUCAUUUCGACGGUCAUCACGUGACCGCCAUCACCAUCACCACCGCACCAAAGACCACAUACCCUCCAAACCCCCAGAACUCCCUCCAAGGCCUCCAGAACUCCAACAGCCAAAGGAUGUUAAACCCAGGCGGUGGCCCAGCUUUCAAUUCAAACGGAAGUCGCGGAAAAGCGCAUCCACACCUACCGACGAAAGUGGAGCCGGUGCAACGACUCCUUCCGAUACUGCCUCAAUGGACUUUGAGUAUUUCGCGUCACGCGCAGACCACACCCGCUCGCUCAACGACGCUGAGCGAAGAAGACUGAUAAUUGAAAUGCGUCAGGCGAGACGAGAAAACUCAGGUAACGCUAGUGAUUCUCAGGUAUUGGAUCGCGUCCAGGGAGCGCAUCCGCCGCUCUCCCAAGCCACAUCCCAUGAUUCAUUUGGUUCUUUUGCAUCAUCGGAAGGGUCGGAGAGACCCGAGAGGCCACGCACUUUGGCGUUUAGAAGAACUAGAGCAGAAAGAGCACAGAGAGGAUUGAAUAAUGUGAUCCGACUAGACAGUACCACACCGGGUCAUGUGAGGAGAGACGUGGACACGUCGUUUCCUGUCCUUCCAGCAGCAUUGGUUGCUGAUGACCUCGUACGAGACGGAGGCACUAGCUCGCACCCUGAGAGAGGGGCUAACGGGGGCGGAGAAGGACCAGACAGGAACGUGACAGACUCCUGGACUGAGAGCGGAGAUGGCAGUGACAUUCCAUUUGAGCAGCGCAACCAAGAGGAACGGGAGGAAUACUUUAAGCGCAUCGCCGACAGGUUGGCCAUGAUCGGGGAUCAGGCUCUGGCGGACUACGAGUUCAAUGACAGCACCGGUGGGGCAGUAGGGGGACAGCAGAGACCGAUCCAGAGUACCUGCACAACCGAAACGUAUGCUUCCUGUUCAGCUUCUGUGAGUGGCGCAACAGCAGCACCAGGUGUAAGUCGGGACUACACAGCUGAAUACGUUGAGAUAGGCCAACGGAUACAGACCGAUGUGGAUGGCUUCCAGCUGAGUCAGAGACGCAGGAGUCAGGCGUUCUUCCCGACCGGCAUGUUGAUGGGCGUCAUCUUGAACGACACCUACCAGUCUUUCAGCAACACCAUGCAGUCCAUCGUCGGCCAGGAGGUCGGCAUGGAGCAGCUUGCCAUAGUCUUCAAGUUCACCAAGGUGGCCGUCAGGCUGGCCCACUCCAUGGGGAAGCACGCCAGCAGCAUCAAGGACAACAGUGUCCGCUUCAUCAGCGAUCGCUAUGCCGUCUGGCUCGACAGCCAAGGAGGAUGGCCAAAGGUUGAGGAAGAUAGUGAGACCAUAUCAACAGAUGUUUGAAAGCAUUUACGCGGGUUCCGUAGUGACUAGCGACGACUCAGACUCUCUGCACGAAGAAUCAGAGAUAGACUGAAGGCCUGACAGGGAGAAAAAAGAAGGAAGAGAAGGAAAAGGGAAGAGGAAAGAGGGAAGACAGUUUAUGCUUACAGUGAUAAAUGCUGCACGAGCCUCUUCAGCAACAUACAGUAUACAUUCCUAAAGAAGGAUAAACAAGAGAUGGUGCUCUUUCUACCACAUCAUCAUGGUAUUGUGCACGCUGGUCUCCUAUUUACAACUGGCAGGCAAAAGAUAUUCAUUCGAGCCAAUCCAUUCUUAAUUUUUUUUAAAUUUGAUAUAGGUGAUUGACAAAAGUGAGACUCGCUUUUCACCGUCCCUGCUUUGGCACCAAAUGAGGGCAGCAGACCUCGAUUUAGACCUUAUUCAUUGAUCUUAAGAGAGUUUUGCCCAACUACAGUUGGAUCUGACCCAAUCUGGCAAAUAUUGCUAUGUUAGGCAAGCACCGGGUAAAAAUAGAAAGCCUAGAGCCUCACAACCUUUUGGGGGCAAUAGUUUUUACUAUUGCUGGAAUAAAACAACGGCCAAUAUUUGUUUUAUAUACCAGUUAUUUCUGAGCCGAGCAAUAGUAAGAAUUAUUGCCCUGAUCAAACAAUACCAAUCAUUAUAUUUGUAAUAGAUAAUAAUGUUGUUGAUGUAUUAUUGCUUUAACCUCCUGUAGCCGAGUUAUAAUGUACAACUUUCCAUCCCUUGUCAUUGCUGGUCUUACAUCUUCCGUUAAGUUUUUAGAUGUAAUUUACAGGUUGAUAGAAUAGUUUGAGAUUUAAACUGAAAACACCCCAAACCUCGGUGUACAGAACAAUCGUUGUUACAUUUUAAGAAGUGCUCUGCGCCCUCUGGUGCCAUUCUGUUUGUUUUUUUAUUAUUGGUAUUCUGAUUUUUUUAUACUCAUUCAUUUAUACUCAUUGUUUUAUCUUUUAAGAAGGCCUUUUAUUGCCUAUAAGGCAAACAGCUAUGCUGCAUGUAAUGGGUAAAAGGGUUCUUCUUUGCCCUCUAUGGCCUUGGUAUAUAUCAUUUGAUUAUAAUUGAUGAGAAAGCCUGUGUAAUAUGCCUAGCAGUUGGGUUUUGGAUGCUCUUGUUAAAAAUGCUCCCAGGGAGUGGAGAAAGUGCAUGCAUUGUGUGCAGGGUCAGAAAAAUGUAUCACUCAAACCUGUGAAGACAGUGAAAGGUAUAUGUUCAUACUAAUUAAGUAAUCAAUGCAUAGAAAUUGUUUAACUGAUUUCAAUCAAUUAUUUUUUAUUGAAAUGGCAGAAAUAUUGAAAUCUUCUAUGAAUUCCAAAAUCUUGGAUCGUGCCAGGCAUGACUUGUUUCAAUGGAAGCGAGUCAUGCAAAGAAGUAUCAAGUGGUAUUAAUUUUGUGCGAUGAUGAAUGUUACUUAAUUGUCUUUCGUUCAUGUGUAAUACUUAAGACAAAGAAUUUUCUCUUUUUUUUACAAUGAAAGUGAUAUAUGAAUUUAUUCUACUGUCAUACCUGGAAAACCAUUUCCAAAGUGACAAAAGCUAUUAUGUUAUUUCUUAUGACAUACCAUUGAUCAUUUUGGAGUCAGUUUCAUUGGUAUGACUGUAGCGAUACUGUUGUUUGAAAAGGUUUACAAAGUGGGCAAUUACAUGAAAUAUGUGCGUCCGACCCCUCUAUGUGGGACCUUCAUGAAAUUUUCUGUCUCCGAUUUCUUGGUCUUUUGACAGCCUGUAUAAUGUUCUCAAAUGACCAUGACUUGGUCAGUUUAUGAAGUGAAGUAAGACUUGAGAAAAAUGGGGGGGGGGGGGGGGGUCGGACGUACAAAAAGGUUUAUCAUUUUAUGGAAUCGCCCAAGUGUGUCUAAAGUACCUUAUUGAUUUAUGUCUUUAUUAGGUCAUUCCACUAUCAGCACUGUUGGAGCUACUGUUGAAAAAUGUAUCAAGUGUAAUUUUUGAAUAUAAGAGCCAUUUUAUUAUUGUUACUCUCAUAACAUACAAACAGAAAUAGAGUUUUUGAUAAUCUACGGUUAUUCACAACAUCAAUUAACUACAUAAUUUGCAACCAAUUGACAGCCCAUCCGUAUAAUUUUCCAAGAAUUUUUCCACAUAACAGGUGGGUGUUUCAUAAAGCUGUUCGUAAAGUUUCGCACAACUUUAUGCACGACUGGAACAUGAUAUUAGGUCCGAACUCAAUUACAAAGGGAUAUAUCACUUGGCAUGAGAAAGGGUUACUAGUCGUGUGUAAAGUCAUUUGUAUCUUACGAACAGCUUUAAGAAACAACCAGUAGUCCAAUUAUGCUAGUUAUACAGAAGAUGCUGGAUUUAAAUGGCCAGGUGGGUGUUGCAUAAAGCUGUUUGUAAGUUCAGAGCGACUUUAAGAACGACUGGUGAACAUUUCUUACGCGCUAAAUAAUCACCAAUGAACAUUUAAUGGUCAAUGUAAUUUACCACAAGAAAGGAUCACCAGUCGUUCGUAAAGGUCACUCUUAACUUACAAACAGCUUUAUGAAACGGCCCCCAGGCAUUUAAUGUUGGAUUGAACACAAUUGCUUGGAGAAUGAUGAUUACAUAUUUACAGCCCGUCUUAAACUGAUAUAGGACAAUGAUAUGAUGCAAUCAUAUUUGAUACAAUAUUGGUCACUUGAAUUCAUUUUUCCAAAGUAUUGUAGUCUUGAAUGUGUAAGUCACAAGAAAAAGAAGUAAUUCCAAUAAAAAAGGUAGUUGGACAGACUGCAAUCAGCGAACUAUGAUGUGUGUGAAUAUAGUGUAAUAUCAAAGGGAUUUUUUUGGUAUAUUAUAUGCUCUGUAUGAUUCUUUGUUCAUCAUUGUUGUUUUUAUUUCUUAAAGGUUGCGUACAACUGUGCUUUGUCAUUGAUAUGUUUAGCUGUCAUUCUGUUGAGCAUUGCAUGCUGAAAUCAAUGCAAUUGAAUCUUGAAUUCCAAAAUUGCAGAUAAAAAUCUAUAUUUAAUUAAUUUAAACAUUUUGAAAAGAUCUUGAAUUUAAUAAUUUAGAUAUUUUAUACAUUUUUAUUCAUUUUUAUACCAUGUAUCAUUCCUGUCAUUUUUAUAAUGAGUUCAAAUUAUUUGAAAGAUGAUUUUUUUACAAGGAAAUUGUUUCUUAAGAGGCAUUAAAAAUGGUUUCAUUUCAAAUAGUGAUUUUCCAUGUAAAGUUUUACUACAUAAGCACUCAGUGAAAAUGAAAAUCUGAAAAAGUGACAAUUCUCAAAUUUAACAUAAUUCAUAUUACAUUAUUAACUCUCUUUAAUAUGUUUUACAUACAUUUAUUUACAUAGUCAUGUUUGCCAGUGUUGAAAUUGAUUUUUGAUUUUUAUUUGUUUGAAGACCAUUGUAGCUGAAACCAAGUUACAUGUAUAUCAACACUUUUUUGUGUUUAACUUUCAUUGCUCUUAUUUGUUUUAGGGUAUUAUUUUUUAUAGAUGAAUUUGAAUUAUCAAAAUUGACUUGUAAAAUGGUACUGAAAUUUAAGUAUUCACUUUGAUAUGUUUGGUAUUCAUGAAAAAGGCCAUCAGAGUAUUAGUACUAGGUGUAAUUAGGAUAUACAUAUAUAUUGAAAAAUAAGAGUUCAUGGUGAAAAUUGAUUCUUUUUAUAAAGGUAACCUUUUGGGGGAAAUUGCAUACUGUAUUCACUGAGGCAUUUAUCUUAACAAGGCUUUCCCAUUUGCAAUGCUGUUUAUUUAAUUUAAAUGUGAUGUGCAUGAUUGUAAAUGUAAUAUGGGCGAAAUUACUCUUGCGUAUAUUUCAAAAUGAAAGAUAAAUUUCUGUGUUUCCUAUGGAUAAUGAGGAAAUUUAUACGUGAGAUAAUUUCUUAAUGCAUCAAUUUACUGAUGCUUUGCACCGAGCUAUUUUAUGGCAAAAUUAACUUGUUGAUGUAUUUUGGCAAGUUGCAAUAGAGUAGCAAAUUGCAAUAAAAACAAGAAUUUGUUGAUAUCAUUAAGUAAUUUCUUUGUUUCAACUACAAAACUUGGAUUCACUGCACAAAAUCCUGAAUUUAGCUAUCUUAUUUUUACCUGAAAUGCACUCCAAAUUUAUUUUUGUAUUUCAAAUGCUUGGUCCUCCUUAUCUUCAGGGUCCAUUCACAUUGGCAGCUUGCGCCAUGUGUGAAUAACCCCAGUAUGUUUUACUUGUGCAAUGCAUCAACAUUUUUCAAUUUUUUUGUUUUAUUUCCAUUCGGUUUUUGAAAGAAAAUCAAUUUUGUUUUCCAUUUCAAUUUUAUUCAUGUUUUAUAUAUAAAUUAAGCAGUGCAACGUUGAUGUCUGUAAAUAUUGUACAAGUGUAAUAAUUUAUAUCAGCAAGCGUUUUCUAUGUAAGAUUCGCCACAUAAGUUUUUGUGUCGUCUCCAACUGCGUACUGAUUGUUAUAGAAAUGAGACUUGUAAAAAAAAAAUUAUGAUUGAUGAUGAUCCAGUUUUUCUUGAAAUAAUGUUAGAGUACUUAUGAUAAUAAAGUCACUAGUAUUUAUUCCUAUACUUGAAAAAGAGAAAAUAAAAUAGGUAAUUUUGUAGUAGAUAAUUAUCAAAGUAAAGUUAUUUGAAAUUUGA